UCUUUAAUUGAUUUGAUUUUCCAUGUGCUUAAUGAUUCUUUUCUUUUAAUAAAGGACCACAAUAACUUUACUAUAAAGACUUACAUGGCCAUCAUGGCCGAGAGGGAUGCUGCCAUCCGUGAACGGAAUAUGGCACUAGAGGAGAGAAAGAGAGCUUUUGCAGAGCGAGACAUGGCAAUGCUUCAGAGAGAUGCAGCACUUGCAGAGCGUAAUGCUUUGAUUCAAGAAAGGGACGAUGCCGUUGCUGCUCUUCGAUUGCAGGACAGCUCUACAAAUGAUGACAACAUGGUUCCGGAUUCACCAGGAAAUGGAACUGAAAGUGGUGCAAAGCACGUUUAUAACCAACAGCAAAUGCAUAGAACCUUAGCUGAAGCUGCUCAUGGUUCUAUGGGAGAUCCUGCAGCUGGCUACUUGAAAGACACAGAUACUUCUGAAGCAAAGAUUCCUAAAAAGGUCAGGCGACCUAAAGAGAGCAGACACAAUAAGCAAGCCAAGAUACCAAGAGUGGGUAAAACUGGCGCAGAAAGUUUAAAUAUGCAGGUCAUUGCUACAACAUCAGAUGAUUGGAUAAAUCUGCAAGAGAUGGAUAGUGAUAAGGAAGGAGAUACACAGCUCACAUCAUGGAAAGAUAAUUUGGGGUUGAACCAAAUCAAUUUUGAUGAGUCUGCCAUGCCAGUGCCAGUUUGCUCCUGUACUGGGACUCCACAGCCAUGCUAUAAAUGGGGUCAUGGUGGGUGGCAGUCAGCCUGCUGUACAACUACCAUAUCUAUGUACCCAUUACCUCAAAUAUCAAACAAACGCUAUUCCCGGGUGGGUGGCCGUAAGAUGAGUGGCGGUGCCUUCAGUAAAUUGCUUAAUCGUCUUGCUGCUCAAGGUUAUGACCUGUCUAGUCCACUUGACCUGAAAGAUCAUUGGGCUAAACAUGGCACAAACCGCUACAGCACAUUGAAAUAGCUUAUAUGUGCCCGUUGGAUUGGGACCUCACAAUAUGGAGAAGGCAUUGUCGGGAAAGUGUGUUGUGGAUGAAAGAAAGUGUACUUUCAUACUGUGCAGGAGAUAUACCGCUAAUAGGUAUUCAUUCGCAUUUUUUGAGCUCUGUCUCUGUCUCAGAGUUCCAAUUCAUCUUAUCAGAACGGCCACAUAUCAUGUAUUGUAAUUUGCUUUCGUCAAAAUACGUUUAAUGAAUAUGGUGAUUUGGGUGACAA